AAUAAUUGGACGGGCGCUAGGGUUCUACCCUCUCAUCUUUCCGCCCUCCUCGCGCCGCCGCCCCCGUCGUUGGAGCAGAAGCCGCUUGCGCCGCCGCCUCCGUCGUCGUAGCAGAAGCAGGGAUCCCCAUCACCAACAGCCCAAGAAAUUAAGAUGCAGGUCCUAGUGGUCAGACUGAACUCCUGAUGGUGCUAGAGCGCUGGAGAAUUGUUGUGGUAACGAUGGAGCGGACGGUUCUUGAACUGCCUCCCAGAACUAGUAGCAUUUUCUGCAAACAAGUAGCCGUUUAGUCCAAAGUGUGGAAAUAACUGUGGAAGCAGGAAACAAGUCACUCCCUUGUUUCUGCUUUGGGCCCACAGUAGUCAUGUUCCAAAUAGUAAGGAACAGUUGUGUGCUCUCUUCAUGGAUACGCAGGUGAAGCUCGCAGUGGUGGUCAAGGUGAUGGGCCGCACCGGGUCCAGGGGUCAGGUGACCCAGGUGAGAGUCAAGUUCCUGGAUGACCAGAACCGUCUCAUCAUGAGGAACGUCAAGGGGCCUGUCCGGGAGGGCGACAUCCUCACCCUGCUUGAGUCUGAGCGGGAGGCCAGGAGGCUGCGCUAAGCACUUUCUUUUCACCUGACUGUCUUCGGAAUUGCUCAUGAAAUGAUGUGCUGUUGCCUUCUUACUCUACCGCUUUCAUCUUUUGUCUUGGCUAUGGAGAUGUAAUGAGUUUCCUUCUGUUGCCUACAUUAAAGUGCACUUGAUGUUAUUGUUGCGCACCUCUGGGUAAUGUGAAUCGACUAUAUUGGAUCC